AUGACCCUAUUAUCUUCCGUCAUCGCUGGAGGAUUUGUACACACACAUUCAGCCCCCACCAUCCCCGCUCCCGACAAGUUUUGUCUCGGGGACGACUUUUCCCUGUGGGUAGCUGAUGCAAAAAACUAUGUGGAUUUGUUUCUCCCCGCCGAACGACGGAGAGUUCUGUUAUCACUCCUGGAUACAUAUGCUAGUGCUAUUGUAAUACAGGAUGGCAUCUUGGAUGACGAAAUCACAGACGACACGUUCACCCAGCUCCGAUUCGCCCUCACAUUCGAUGUUUGUGUACGCGCCCUCCGCCGAUUGGUGAACGUUGCGUUGCCACGAGAGAUCCGGGAAGAGAAAGUUCUUCAUCAGAUACACGUGGGUGUUCGGAACGCCGGCCUCAUCCGAAAGUUCCACCGCUACAGACCGCAGACUGUACAGCAGGCGAUCGAUACUGCGCGGGAGGAGGAACAAUUGGACGAUGUUAUACGUCAGUACCAGGUGUCGGCACCGUCGUACGCCAUGGCUGCCGGCCCUUCCAGGACACCUCAGGGUUACAGCCGCCCACCACAGCCCAACCCCGGACCAGCAGGCGCCUACCAGCGAGGUCGUGGCCGAGUUCCUCGUUGGUCAACAGAGCGCGGCAACUGUGAUUACUGCCGACGAUUUGGUACACGGGCCCGGUUUUGCGGACACAACGACCCAAGUGAGUCCCAGAGUGUUGUACCCACCGUACCUAUUUGCCCCUUUCGUGAUAAUGCACUACCCACCCAGUCAAUUUUAAUCGAUGUCCUGUUAUGGGGUAAGAAGGUGCAAGCCCUAGUAGACACAGGAGCAGCUUGUUCGCUGGUGAAGUCGACCGCGGUCCCGCGCCAUGCUAGAAGUAUCCCGACACCCUGUAGGAAUUUGAUUGCUGCGAAUGGAGCGCAAAUUGAAACACAUGGUUCGGUCAUUGCAUCGCUCCAGUUAGGCGACCUGCAUGUCCAGCAGCAGUCGAUAGUCACACCACACCUUCCUUGGGACGUUAUCCUAGGCGUCGACCUCCUCCGAUCACAAGGCGCCGUGAUUGACAUAACACGCUCGCAUAUGACGAUCGGAAGCGAAGUGAUACCAUUCUGCAAAGGGGGCACGUCAUACUUCGACCCGGUUGUAGCGUCAGCAGCUUCACGGACGGCGACCUGGUCGUUUGAGACUGAUAUUGCGACACGGGAAGGGUUCGAGAAGGUCCUGGCGUGUUCGCUUGGAAUGACACCGACAUCGGACGCACAAAGGCCGUCCAGCACCACAUCAAUACGGGAGACAGUCGUCCAAUCCGUUGUGCCCCACGCCGCAUACCCGUCCAUUACCAGAAGCAACUCCAAGAAAUGA